AUGGCAACUCCUCUUGAACAUUCUCAAAUAAUUCUUCCAAUUGCAUCUAAAACGAUACAAGCAUUUGGAACAAUACAUCAAUAUAAAAUUCCAACUUUUCUUCUUAUUUGGCUCGAUCAAAGUAUUGAUGAAGUUCAUAAUAAUGAUUCUCGUCAUACAUUAAAACAAUUACGUCAAGUAAUUAACAUUGUACAUACAUUUACAAAUGUGAAACAAUGUAUCGAUUUUAUCAAUAAUAUCAAAGAAGAAAAGAUCAUUUUAAUCUCUUCUGGUAUAUUUGGUCAAAUAAUUGUAGAGAAUAUACAUAAUAUGACACAAGUUAAUGCUAUUUGUAUAUAUUGUGCAAAUAGAAAUAAACAUGAACAAUGGGUUCAAAAAUGGACAAAAGUGAAAGGAGUUUUUACAAAUAUUCUACAUAUUUGUGAAGUAAUCAAACAGAUCAUUAAACAAGACGAUCAAAAUUUCAUAUCGAUGAGAUUUAUUUCUGCGAAUAAAGAAAUCUUAAAGGAAAAAUUAGAUCAAUCAUUCAUGUUUACUCAAAUUCUCAAAGAAAUUCUUUUAACUAUCGAUUAUAAACCAAUACAUUUUGAAGAAUUUCUCAAAUAUUUUCGUGAACAAUUUGUCAAUAAUUCAAUUGAAUUAGCAAAUCUUGAUAAAUUAGAAAGAGAAUAUCGUCGUGAGGAAUGUAUUAAAUGGUAUACAUUUCAUUCUUUUCUUUAUUCAAUGCUUAAUCAUGCAUUACGUUUCAUGGAAAUCGAUUUAAUUCUUAAAAUGGGUUUCUACAUUCGUGAUCUUCACAAACAUAUUGAACAACUUCAUUCCGAACAAUAUCUCAAAAAGAAAAUUUUAAUGCAAUUUACUGUUUAUCGUGGUCAACUUCUCUCUCAAACAGAUUUUCAUCAAUUGAAGAAAAAUAUCGGUGGACUCAUUUCAUUUAAUAACUUUUUAUCAACCAGUAAAGAUCGUCAGAUUUCCUUAGAUUUUGCUGGUUCAAUUGCUAAACCGUCUGACAUGGUCAGUAUUCUUUUUAUUAUAGAAAUUGAUCCUUCAAUACCAUCAACACCUUUUGCCAAUAUUCAACAUUGUAGUAAUUAUCACACAGAAGAAGAAGUUCUUUUCUCGAUGCAUUCGGUAUUUCGUAUAAACAAAAUCCGAUGUUCCAAUAUCGAUCAACGUAUUUCGGAAGUUUAUUUGAAAGUUGUUAGUGAUGAAGAAGAUUCUCAAUUGAAAGAAUUGACGAAAAGUAUACGUAAAGAAACAUUUCCACAUUUAGAUGGUUGGGCUCGGUUGACCGAAUUAUUGAUAAAAUUAGGAGAAUUGAAUCUUGCUGAACAAAUUUGUGAAAGGAUACAAAAACAAACACUGACUACACAAGAUAAAGCAGAUGUUUAUCAUCGAUUGGGAAUGAUUAAAAGAUAUCAGGCGAAGUAUCUCGAAGCAAUUGAUUUCUUUCAAAAAUCGGUUCAAAUCAAAGAAAUGAUUUCGUCGAUAAAUCUUCUCGAUUUAGCUGCUUCUUACGGUUAUCUGGCUUUAGUUUAUGAAAAUAUUGCCGAUUAUUCAAAUGCUCUAGUCUAUUACGACAAAAUCGAGAAAAUCCUUGAAAAAAAUCCAAAUUCUUUAUUUUUAGCUACUUUUUGUAACAACAAAGGUGUUUUAUACACAAAGUUAGCCGAUUAUUCACGAGCAAAAUCAUUACAAGAAACGGCCCUGAAUAUGUACAAAUCGAAUCUGCCUGAAAACCAUCCAAAGUUGAUUACAUCGUACAAUAGCAUUGCUUUAAUAUGCAAUAAAACGGGGAAGUACAAAGAAGCAUUGACAAAUCAUGAGAAAGCGCGUCAAAUUUGCAUCAAUGCUCUUCCUUCAAAUCAUCCUCAAUUAGCUUGUUGUUACAGUCAUAUCGGAAAUGUAUAUUAUCAUCUAGGAAAGUAUUCUGAAUCAUUAAUCUCUCAUGAAAAAGCAUUGGAAAUCUAUGGGAAAACGCUUCCGUCUAUUCAUCCUGAUUUGGCUUUUUCGUAUAAUAGUAUGGGUUUAGUUUAUCGUCAAAUGUUGAAAUAUGGUGAAGCACUUUCUUAUCAUGAAAAAGCUUUGCAAAUUUAUGCGAAAGUUUUUCCUUUCGAUCAUCCCGAUUUGGCUUUUUCUCUUCAAAACAUUGCCACUGUCAAAUGUGAUUUGGGUGAUUAUUCGAAUGCACUUCUAUAUCAAAAACAAGCAAUUGAAAUCUAUGAAAGGAAACUAUGUUCGAACCAUCCUGAUCGAAUAUUGGCUUAUGACAACAUUGCCUCAGUUUAUGAGAAAAACAACGAUUAUGAUAACGCUGUUUUCUUUUACGAAAAUAUUAUUAAAAUUUAUCAUGAAGAAGAAUAUCUGAAUGAUAUUCAGUUGGCGUCAUCGCAUAACAAAGUUGGUUUACUUUAUGAGAAAAUGAAUAAGAAAUCUAUUGCUCUUUCCUAUUAUAAACAAGCAAGUCGUUUUUAUGAAAAUUCAAUUGAAUCAUUAAGACAAAUAAGAUCUUCUACUCGUUCUCAUAUGGCAUUGUUCGAUGAAAAUAUCAAGGAUUUUAUAAAAGUGUCUACAAAUGAUGCAGAAGGAAUUGAAUUCUAUCGACAAAAUUCAUCUACAAAUCAUUUAGAUCUCGCAUCAUUAUAUGACAAAAUUGCAUUACUCUCGAAGGCAUUGGAGAACUCUGAUGAAGCUACUUUAUAUUAUUCCAAAGCACUUUCCUCUUAUGAAACAGAAUCACAUCAGAAUCCAUCUGAUAUAAUACAAAUUUAUAAUAAGAUUGGGUUACUUUGUCAGGAAAUGGAAGAUUAUGACAAAGCCAUUCUUUAUUAUGAGAAGAUUUUGGAAGUGUUCAAACAGCCAGAGUCUAACAAUCCAUCGGAUCUAAUGGUAAUUUAUGACAAAAUCGGUUUACUUUAUGAGAAAAUGAAGUGUUAUAGUGAAGCAGCUUUUUAUUAUAAACAAGCCGUUGAAGUGUCCAGAUCAAUAAUAUCUUGGAAUCAGGUUGAUCGAAUUUCAUCAUGGAAUAAGAUUGGUUUAUGCUACGAGAAAACAGGUGAAAGUGAGAAAGCGAUAUCAGCCUAUGAAGAAAUUAUUCAAAUCUAUGAACAAAAGCCAAUUUCGAACUACUCAAGUUUAAUAUUGUUGUACAAAAGAAUUGCCUUACUCUAUCAGAGAAUGAACGAAUUUGCCAAAGCAAUUGAGCUUUACGAAAAAAUCAUUGUGAUUUAUGCAGAAAAAAAGCCUUCAAAUCAUUUGGAACUAACAUCAUCUUACAAUAAAAUUGGUCUACUUUAUGAGAAAAUGAAUGAGAAUGAUAAAGCUCUAUCCUGUUAUGAAAAAUCAAUAUCGUCUUAUGAAAAUGCAAAAAAGAUUUUUGAACAAAGUUUGUCUCGACAUAUUCAUCCGAUAAUCUUAUUUCACGAUAAAGACGAUCUUUCAACUGAAAACCAAAGUGACCAUUCAAGGACACUUUCGUCUUAUGUCAAAACAUUGACACUUCAUCAGCAAACACUUCCUCCAAUUCAUCCGCGUGAUCCAAUAUCAUUUCAUAACGAAAUCAAUCGGUUCUGCGGAGAAUUAACUGACCGCCAGGAAACACUUUAUGAAAGAGCAUUGAACAAAAAACAAAAGCCUUCAAUUGAUCAAGAUUCAGUUCAUUUUCAUAGAACAAUCGGUACGAUGGAUGUAAAUGUACACACGUGUUUAGAAGUUGGUUCGUUAUCUGAAAUUAUCAUUGAUGUCGAUCGACAUGCACCAAAUCGAGAUUAUUCCAAUCGUCGAACAAAGUCAAAACAAAAAAAGAGAAAAUUCUUUAAACGUCAUUCUCGUUUCUCUAAAAAUAAACAAAACUGA